UCUUUGGAACGUCGCGUCUCCCUACAUGUCUAAUUCAUCCCGGGGCGUCCCGCUGCCACCGAAGCCACACCAGCAGCCGUAGUUGUUGUAGUCCAGAGGGUUCGUGCCGGGCUGGGGGCACGCGAUCAUCUUCCCAAACUGCCACAAGGCCUUGGGCAGCAGUGCACCGCUGCCGAGGCAAACUGAGAGAGAGGCAGGUAACUGAGGAUUUGUUGGCACACAGAGCGGGGAAGACGCCAAAGACCGCGUGACCUCAGUCAGCACAGAGUGGAGGUGGAUACAUUGCAUAAUGCACACAGAUGGGAAGACUCGUGGUCAUUGGUCAGCGGGAGCCUCUUCUCAAGGUCGCCCGUCAAAAUAAAAGCUUUCCCACUUCGCUGCUCCACAUCAUCCACUGCAAGAUGAAUCUGACUCACUGCCUGGCCCUCGUGCUCCUCAGCCUCCCGGCGCUGCUGGCUUUGGACAAAGCUGUGUGGCAGUUCAGGUCCAUGAUCCUCUGCACGGUACCCGAGAGCUGGCCGGUGCUGGACUUUGCCGACUACGGCUGCUACUGUGGGCUGGGAGGCUCCGGCGCACCUGUGGACGAGCUGGACAGAUGCUGUUACAUCCACGACCAGUGCUACAGUGAAGCCAUGCAGCACGACUCCUGCUGGCCCAUCCUGGACAACCCGUACACUGAGCUGUACAGCUACAGCUGUGACGAGGCCUCCAAGAAGGUCACCUGUCUGAGCGACAACAACGAAUGCGAGAAGUUCAUCUGCGAGUGCGACAGACAAGCGGCGAUGUGCUUCGCCGACGCGGGCUACGACGAAUCCAACGCCCACCUCCCCAGUCACAACUGCAAGUAGCUGCUGAGCUGAUGGAGAGGCUGCACCACCGUCACUAUUAAAAAAAUAGAAUCAUCACAGGAGAUCUAGUGCGAUUGUAUUGCUUAUUUAUUGUUGUGCCAAAUGUAUUUAAUUUAAUUUACCUUACAGGUUAUAAAGACAUGUUAUAAACCUCA